AUGGUACAGAUGAUGUCUGACAUAAUUCUGCCCUCUGCAAAUAUGUUUAACCGAUUUAUACUAAUCUUACUUCUGCUGCUGUGUUCAGACGCUCUCCUGUUGGACCUGGAGUCUUCCACCCUCCACGUCUCCAAGUUCCCCGUGUUCCUGUCUGACCAGAGCCGCCCCCUCCUGCCCGCGGCCUCAGACCAGCGCCCCCUGCGGUCGGAGAGUCCAGAGCGCCGCCCGGAGGUGAACGGAGGCGUCGUCACACAGUCCCCAGACUCCGACACCAGCCCCAACGGCCAAUCAGAUCCGCUGCUGAGUCCCAACAGCCAAUCAGAGCCAGUGCCACCGGACGAGCACAUCUACAGUUUCCCGCUCAAACCUCGGCCGCCGGAUCUUCCCGUUGUCAUGGCGACGUUGGGCUCAAACCUGUCGGAGUUGGACCGACUCCUGCUGGAGCUGAACACGGUCGACCACAGCACCGCCUUCGUCACGCAGGAAGAAACUGCUCCUCCUCUGCCCUCCACCUCCAUCCUCCUCCAGGAGCACGGACCAGAAAAGCCCAAGAGAGGAGGAGCACGACGAGGAGAGGAGAAGAACGGAGGAGGAGAGGACAGACCCAGUGUGGAGAGCCUCCUGGAUGAACUGGAAAACUCUGUGCCAACGCCGAGCCCUGGUCCUCUGGUGGUCACUGAAGAUCCCGCUGACCCCUCACCUGACCCGUCGUCUCUGGAGCUGUCUUCUCUGCAGACGUCUCGGAUGUCGGCGUCUUCAGCCACUCGAGAACUGGACGAACUGAUGGCGUCUCUGUCCGACUUCAAGGUCCAGAGCAACGUGCAGCAGGCGGCUCCGGUCUCUCCUCCAAAUAAACUGGACAACAUGUUGGGGAGUCUCCAGUCCGACCUGAACCGACUCGGAGUCCAGACCGGAACCAAAGGAGUGUGUGGAGCCUGCAAGAAACCCAUCGCAGGACAGGUCGUCACGGCGAUGGGCAGGACGUGGCAUCCGGAGCAUUUCGUUUGUUCUCACUGUCAGGAGGAAAUCGGCUCCAGAAACUUUUUUGAGCGAGACGGCGCCCCCUACUGCGAGAAGGACUAUCACCACCUGUUCUCCCCACGCUGCCACUACUGCAACGGACCUAUACUCGACAAAGUGGUCACUGCUCUGGAUAAAACGUGGCAUCCAGAACAUUUCUUCUGUGCUCAGUGUGGAGAAUUCUUUGGACCUGAAGGGUUCCACGAGCGCGAGGGGAAGGCGUUCUGUCGUAAAGAUUAUUUCCAGAUGUUUGCUCCAAAAUGCGGCGGCUGCUCCAGAGCCAUUCUGGAAAACUACAUCUCUGCCCUGAACGCACUCUGGCACCCGGAGUGUUUCGUCUGCAGGGAGUGCUUCACGCCCUUCGUCAACGGGAGUUUCUUCGAUCACGACGGUCUUCCGUUCUGUGAGUCUCAUUAUCACGAGCGUCGAGGUUCUCUGUGCUCCGGGUGUCAGCGUCCCAUCACCGGCCGCUGCAUCACCGCCAUGUCCAGGAAGUUCCACCCCGAGCACUUCGUCUGCGCCUUCUGCCUCAAGCAGCUCAACAAGGGGACCUUCAAGGAGCAGCAGGACAAGCCCUACUGCCACACCUGCUUCAGCAAGCUCUUCAGCUAGAACCUCCACCAGAACCAGCCAGAACAUCUACACAACCACCCAGAACAUCUGCACAACCACUGAGAACAUCUACAUCUACACAACCACUGAGAACAUCUACACAACCACUGAGAACCAGCCAGAACAUCUACAGAACCAACAAGAACAUCUGCACAACCACUGAGAACAUCUACACAACCACUGAGAACCAGCCAGAACAUCUACAGAACCACCAAAAACAUCUGCACAACCACUGAGAACAUCUACACAACCACUGAGAACCAGCCAGAACAUCUACAGAACCAACAAGAACAUCUCCACAACCACCAAAAACAUCUACACAACCACUGAGAACAUCUACACAACCACUGAGAACCAGCCAGAACAUCUACAGAACCACCAAAAACAUCUACAGAACCAGCCAGAACAUCUACACAAUCAGCCAGAACAUCUACACAACCACCACGAACCAUCCACAACAUCUACAGAACCACCAAUAGCAGGACAAGCCCUACUGUCUCGCCUGCUUCUCCAAGCUGUUCAGCUAGAACCAUCUAGAACCAUCUAGAGCAGACAUGAUGUGUAAAACAAUGGCCCUCAGACCUUCUCCUGAAGUGACCCAAAUGAAAACAGGCCGUAGUUCUACCUCCAAACCCUCAGUGACAUCACACUGUGUUCCAACCCCGCCCUGUGAUCCUCAGUGAAGGAGGUUUGGACUCCUGAUCUACACCACCUUCAACCAGCACCGAGCAUCUCUACGACCAUCCAGAACCAUCUACACCACCUUCAACCACCACUGAGCGUCUCUACGACCAUCCAGAACCAUCUACACCACCUUCAACC